CCGCGCGGGACGGAGUUAAGGUCUUCCUUAUCCACAGUGUACGGCGGCGGCCGAACGGAGCGACAGAGUCCGUGGACGCGGACGAGCCCUCGGGGGUGCGAGCGUGACCGCGGCCAAGCCCGCGUCGCCUUCUGCGGCGAGUAGGGCCUCGCGGCGUCAUCGGCGGCGAGAAGCCGCUGCGGCCUGGCCGACCAUGUCGGACGCGGCUGAGGAGCAGCCCAUGGAGACGACGGGCGCCACCGAGAACGGACACGAGGCCGCCCCCGAAGGCGAGGCCUCCGUCGAGCCCAGCGCCGGGGCAGCGGCCCCCGCGGCUCCAGCCGGGUCUGGGGGCGGGACCACGGCCGCCCCGAGCGGGAACCAGAACGGAGCCGAGGGCGACCAGAUAAACGCCAGCAAGAACGAGGAGGACGCAGGAAAAAUGUUCGUUGGUGGUCUGAGCUGGGAUACCAGCAAAAAAGAUUUAAAGGAUUAUUUUACUAAGUUUGGAGAGGUUGUUGACUGUACAAUAAAAAUGGAUCCCAACACUGGACGAUCAAGAGGGUUUGGGUUUAUUCUCUUCAAAGAUUCUUCCAGUGUGGAGAAGGUCUUAGAUCAGAAGGAGCAUAGGCUGGAUGGUCGUGUCAUUGACCCUAAAAAGGCUAUGGCUAUGAAGAAGGAUCCUGUGAAGAAAAUCUUUGUGGGAGGUCUAAACCCUGAAGCCACAGAGGAAAAGAUCAGAGAAUACUUCGGCCAAUUUGGGGAGAUUGAGGCCAUUGAACUUCCAAUAGAUCCCAAGUUGAACAAAAGACGGGGUUUUGUUUUUAUUACAUUUAAAGAGGAAGACCCUGUGAAGAAAGUUCUGGAGAAAAAAUUCCAUACUGUCAGUGGAAGCAAGUGUGAAAUCAAGGUUGCCCAGCCCAAAGAGGUGUAUCAGCAACAGCAGUAUGGCUCUGGGGGCAGAGGAAAUCGCAAUCGAGGGAACCGAGGCAGUGGUGGAGGUCAGGGUAGUACAAAUUACGGGAAGAGCCAGCGACGUGGUGGUCAUCAGAAUAACUACAAGCCAUACUGAGAGGCAGCAGGAGCGGCCGAGUGACGACCGCACACGCUUUGUUUGGACGCGGAGUGAACACAAUUAUGUACCAAAUUUAACUUGGCAAACUUUUAUGGCCUGUCCCAUGUGCAUCUUAUUUAAAAUUUCCCCCGGAAAUCACUCUCCUGUUAACUAUUCCAGAGCUCUAGUUGUUGUAGGCAGCGUGUGGCGUCUCAGAGGCCAGAGCGGCAUUAGGGGGCCGAUUUUAUUACCAGGUUACCCUGUUCUAGAUUGGAGGGUCUGCUUCCUGCUGCCGCUCUGCAGCCUGGACCUGUGGACCCUGGUUGUAAAGAGUAAACUGUAUCUUAGGAAACCAGUGUCACCUUUUUCACCUUUUAAUUUUAUAUUAUUUGUGUCAUACAUUUCCAGUAAUGGAAGUGUUAAUUUUACUGUACUUUUUGGUACCUUUUGGGAAUCUAAUGUAUUGUAAGGUAUUUUACACGUGUCCUGAUUUUGCCACGACCUGGAUAUUGAAGCUAUCCAAGCUUUUGAAAUAAAAAUUAAAAACAAAACCCCAA